AUGUCUAACGUGGAGCUUGGUGUGCAGACGGAAAGGGCCUUCCAGAAGCAGCCCCUGUUCUUGAACUCGAAGGUUGCUCGCAAGAGCACUCGUGCCAAGCGGUGGUACAAGGACGUUGGUUUGGGCUUCAAGACGCCCAGCGCGGCUGUCUCGGGCACCUACAUUGACAAGAAGUGCCCAUGGACUGGUCUGGUUUCGAUCCGUGGACGUCUCCUGAGCGGCAAGGUUAUCUCGACAAAGAUGACCCGCACUGUUAUCAUUCGCCGGGAGUACCUUCACUAUGUUUCCAAGUACAACCGUUACGAGCGGCGCCACAAGAACUUGGCUGUUCACGUCUCGCCAGCUUUCCGUGUUGAGGUGGGUGACAUUAUUGUGGCUGGCCAGUGCCGUCCCCUCUCGAAGACGGUUCGUUUCAACACGCUCAAGGUGAUUAAGAACAAGAGCACUGAGCGUGCGAAGAUGUUCAGCCGUUUCUAA